AUGGAACCGAUCGCACAGGCUAUGUCGGCUAGCUCGUCGACGCAGGGGUUCUCGGGAGGUUUGGGACCUGGAGGUGAGCCGGUGAUCUGUAACGCUUGCAAGCAGGGACUGGACGAGGCGCUGGAUAACACGGUCGUCUCGUUCGGAAAGUACUUGUUCCACCGCUGCGCCAAAUGCCACAACCUCGUCGAGCACAACACGAACCUCCUCCUUCUCUCGGACGGCAGCCCCGUCUGCGAGAACUGCUCCUACAUCUGCAACGUCUGUCAGAAACCUAUACACAACGAGGCGAUCGUCACAGGCGACGAAUCGUACCAUGCCGACUGCUUCCGCUGCCGCUCGUGCUCGAACCGCAUCGAGGAGCUCAUCUUCGCCAAGACGCAGCAGGGCAUCUGGUGCAUGGCGUGCCACAACGAGCGGGUCGCGCGGACGCGCAAGCAUGCCGAGGCGAAGCGCAAGGCGCGCAAGGAGAAGGAGAAGGAGAAGGAUCCGAGUGCGCCGCGGGCCAGUCGAAGCCGGAGCGAGGGUGGCAGGUCGAGCAGUGUUGGAGGCGAUGCGGACAGGACGGCCGAGUUGCCUGACUUGCCGCCGCCGCCUCCGCUGCCGACUCCUGGACCUUCGACGUCGGCGAAGAACGACUCGGUGUCGCAUGUGCGGCCGCUUCCGCCGUCACCGUAUCACCGCUCGACGUCGUUCGACAGCACGCAGCACCAGCGAAGUCUGACCAACUCGUCCGACCCGUCUCGACUCGGCGCUACCCUCCCGCCUUCUUCCUCCGUCCAAUCCAUCUCCAGCCUCUCUCGCUCCGCAACGUCCCUCCAGCCUCCCUCCGCUACGCACUCCCGCACGCCGUCCCAGGCUUCCGCCUAUAACGGCGAACCGGCCGAGGCGCAGCGGCGACCGACCGCAAGCGCCUUGCGUCGCCAGAUCAGCGACUUGCCGCGCCGACAGUCAGACGGUCUCGAUGACCCUCCGCGCGACUUUUCGCCGUACCCUAUGCCCGAAUCGCCUGCGCCUCCGCCGCACAAGCGCAGGGAGGAGUCAGAGGGCCUGCUGCCGGAGAGUACGAGUCGGAACGGGUCAUUGUCUGCUCCCUCGGGAGUCGACAAGGCUGCGAACCGACGAUCUGGGUUCUACGGCGCCGCGGCGCGUCCCUCACUGGGCGAGGACGGCAUUCUCUCGCAACUCGACGACUCGCGAUCAGUCGGUCGUAGCUCGCCUGCUCCGCCUGCUGACCCGCGCGACCACCGCUCGCACACUCCCUCGACCUCUCCUCCUCCGCCUCUCGCGCGCUCCGCCUCUCAGGACCUCCACGCCUCCGCGUCCUUCUACGACCCCGACACGCUCCUGUUUCUCAACCACGUCGGCGGCUCAGCGCCCUCCUCACCCAAACUCGGCAGCUCGAGCAAAGCGCUUCCCGAGCUUACGCUCAACGAGGACCACCUCGAGCGCAUCCCGAGCCCUGGUCCCGUUGACGUCUCGGGCGACGAAGACGAGGCCGGCGGGCGAGAAGGCAAGUCCGAAGUUGCGAGGAGGGUGAGGGAGUCGAUCCAGAUGCAGAAGCGCGAAUCGAGCGGCAGGGCGGAUGGAGACGGCGAGCAGCCUUUGUCGGUUGCCGGGCUCGAUGUUGAGCUGGUCGAGAUGCUCUUGUCGGAGCUCGAGUCGACCAAGCGCGAGAUGAAGGAGCUCAAGAGCAAGUACAAUGCUUUCCGCCGCGCCUCGCGAUCCGCCUUCGAAGGCUUCAGUCUCGCUCGGGAAGAGUACGACAAGGAGGUCGCCGCUCGUCGCGAAGCCGAAGCGCAAAUGGAGCUCCUCCGCACCAAGUUCAUCGAGCAGGCUCGACGACUUGCGCAGGUUGACCAGGAACAGAAGACGGCCGAGUCGCUCAAGCGCCAGUCGAAGGACUUGCGUAACUCGGUCAUCGGCAUGGAGAAGCACCUCAGCCAGCUCAAGGCCGAGGUGGCCCUCUCCACGGCGCAGGUGGCCGAGCUGACGGUGCUGGGCGAAGAGACGGGUGCGCCCGAUCGCUCGUCACUGGCGAGCACGCAGGACGAGGUCGCGGAAGCGCUCAACUCGCGGCUCGAGGCCAUCAAGGACGCCCAUCGGGACGAGAUCAGCGCGCUCGUCGCGGAGCGGGACGACCUGAUGCGCCAGGUCGCCGAGCUCAAGCAGGUCCGCGAUGCCCACCUCGCGGAGACGACUGUGCUGGAGACGCGCAACGUCGCCCUCGCGGAGAAGAAUGCCGACGCGACGAGGCAGAUCGCCAACUUGCAAGAGUCGCUCGCCAAAAUGCAGCUCUUGUCGGCCAAGUCGCCCGCACCGUCUCGCAACGGCCACAUGCACUCGCCGAGCAACGCCAGUCUCCUCUCCUCCGUCGCUUCCGGCGCUCGCUCGCCCCUCGCCACCGCUCGCUACAUCAGCUCGCCUGGCGAAGGCGAGUCGAUGCAUCGCUUUGCGCGGCCCGAAGUCGUCGAGACGUCGAGUCGCAACAAGUUUUGGGGCAAGAGCAAGGGCAAGAGUGAGACCUCCAAGGCGAACCAGCAGCUCCCGCCCCCGCCGCCUGGCAACAAGUCGCCUGUCGUUUCGAUGCGAGCCGGCUCCAUCGACUCGAAUGUCAAGCAACACGUCUUCCAGCAGACUAGCAUCUUGCGACCGGUCAGGUGCGACUAUUGCGGCGACAAGAUGUGGGGUCUCGCGGAAGUCCGCUGCACUGCCUGCGGCUCGUACGCGCACGCCAAGUGCGCGCCGUACCUUACCGGCUGUCACCCUGGACGCGGCCCGCCCGUCCCGCCGCAGGACGACACGCUCAACUUCACGCCGACCGGACCCCCCAUGUUCACCGGCGGCCUUGCGACGCAGGCCGACAAGGAAGGGUCCGAGGUUCCCGUCGUUGUGACCAAGUGUAUCGCGGCUGUCGAAGCUUAUGGCAUGACCUAUGAGGGCAUCUACCGCAAGACCGGCGGCAUGGGCCAGACGAAGCUCAUCACGCAAUACUUCGAGCGCGGGCAAGACUUCGACCUUGAGGACCGGGACAAGUUCAACGACAUCGCAGCAAUCACGUCUUGCCUGAAGAACUACUUCCGCUCGCUGCCGAACCCACUCAUGACGCACGAGCUGCACGAAGAGUUCAUUGCCGCAGCCGAGCUCCCGGAAGGCGAUGAGCGCCUGCGGGCGAUUGAGCGAGUCUUGUACCGACUUCCGCCUGCUCACUUCCACACCGCCCGACUUCUCUUCCGCCACUUGAACCGGAUCAAGUCGCUCGCGAACGAGAACAAGAUGACCUCCGCAAACCUCGGUGUCGUGUUUGGCCCCACCGUCUUGCGCUCACCGAUCGCCGCGCGCGAGUGGAGCGACAUGGGUCCCAAGGCCAAGCUCGUCGAGAUCCUCUGCGACCACGCCGACUCCCUGUUUUCGAAGCCCUACGCGUCCUGA